AUGCCCGCCUCCUCUUCCACCGAAUCCAAUCCCCCGACACCUUCUCCUGGAAUUGCCUUUCCGAGCCCAAGCCGUUCCCAAGACCCAAUACGAACCAUCGCCCUCUACAACGAACUUUUGAAGAGAGGCGCCAAGCCAAAUGGCAUCGCCUUCUCCUUUGUCAUCAAGUCAUGCUCUAAACUUAAAAAUAUGCACUUCUUAGUGGGAAUUCAUGCACAAUUGCUAGCCUUAGGAUUUCAGUCUGAUGCUCUAGUACUGAAUUCAUUGAUCCAUGGUUAUAUUGCUGGUGGAUCCCUCAAUUCUGCCCGUGCGCGGCGUGCCAAGGAGGCCGUUGAACUAUUUCUUCUUAUGGUGGAAGCAAAUGUGAGACCUGAUGACGUUGCUGCUGUUGCUGUUUUCACGGCAUGUGCUCAGUUGGGGGAUUUGAAUUUGGGCAGGAAGGUAGAGAGCUUAGCUUGCAAGCUUGGAAUACGGUACACUACUUAUGUGGUUAAUUCGUUGAUAGAUAUGUAUGGGAAGUGUGGGAGCAUUGGUGAUGCUUGGAAGUUGUUUGAUGGGAUGGUGGAUAAAGAUAUUGUAUCUUGGAACUCUAUGGUUGCCGGAUAUAUUAGAUGCGGCAACAUGGUGGCUGCAAGGAGACUCUUUGAUCAGAUUCCAAAGAAGAGUGAAGUCUCUUGGAGUUUGUUGAUCAAUGGUUAUGUGCAAAAUCUUUGCUUCAAGGAAGCUUUGAUGGUAUAUCGAGAGAUGAGUGACAGAGGUGUUGCACCCAAUGAAGCAGCCAUCACUGGUACUAUUGCUGCUUGUGCACACUUGGGGCUCUUGAUUUCGGGCAAGAGAUACAUGUGA